UGAGCAGUAAAGCUAGAGUUUGGGAACAAAGUUCAAGUUCGAAGCCAGACGCUUUCCUCUCUGAAAGAUCUUCGCCAUGAAGACCUUGUCUGUCGUCUUUGCUGCGGCCCUUCUUUUCAAGUGCUAUGUACAGUCUGUGGCAUUGCCAAUGGGCAAGACCGAAGAUGGACCCUUGGAGCAGGAUACACUAGCCUCACUGCUGAGUAGCGAGGCAAUAAGACACAGGCUCAGUGAUGCAGAUCUGACCACUGUGGGCAGAGCCAGAGGACUGAGGCUAAUCGUUGUCGCUGAACCGAGCCUGUGGAACGACCUUCGUGCACUGCACAAUGGACUAUCCUUCUACAAGCGCAGAGCCGCCGACAACAGCCCAGUCAUCGAGACCAGAGAUGCCGACCUGGACCUGAACAUCCCCAUCCUGAGGAGGGACACUAUGAGAUGCAUGGUUGGUCGAGUUUACAGGCCAUGCUGGGAAGUCUGAGACACUUUCAUUAGCUCGUCAAGUUGCCAAAAUGGUGGACCACCACUGCAUUCCUUUCUGCCUCACCCUGAUUUAUAACAUAAUCUAUACAUAAUCUCCAAAAUCUAUGUAUGUAUGUAUAUUUGAUUUACUGCAGACCCGAGAAUAAAAAUCUGUAGAUUCAUGCA